AUCUGUCAAGAAAAUCGAUUAUAGGUUAAGUAUUUGCAGGAAUGUCAAAAUAAAGAAAAUUAUUUGGGUCUUACAAUAAAUAAGCAAACAAUGAAUUCAAGAACAAAAUGUAAGAUCAACUCGGACGGUAGUGUUUGCUUAUUAGAUAUUGUGAACUCAUUUAACUCAUCAAUCAAAGAAGAACAUGCAUGGGCUUUAUGUUAUCAAAUUGCCAAGUAUUUUGAGGAAUGUUUGCAAAAUAAUAAACUAAAUUCUUAUGUUAUUACUGAGGUACAACAAGUAUACUUAAAGACAGAUGGAACAAUACAUGAAAAUACAGGAAUAAAAAGUGAAAUUGAAGGAAACCCUCAAAAUGAAAUUGAUAUAAUUAGAGGCAUAGGUGUUGUAAUCUAUGCAACUUUAGAUUCUGAAAUUCAAAGUGGCGAGGAGAAAGUUAUCAGUUACGAUUUAGAGCAACUUAUUAGUGAUUUAAUAGCAGAUGACACAAACAGUACUGACCAUAAUCAUCAUGAAACUGAUGAUGAAGGUAUAGAACGAGACUCUGGAGAAAGUGAAGAUGCCAAUGCCUCCAGAACUGUAUAUCACAUAACUUUGAAAGAAGUGAUAAAAAGAUGUGAAAACCAUUUGGGGUAUUUAAGUAAAGCUCAAGCUGAAGCACAUUAUAAGGCAGUCGUAAGAGCAUUGGUAGCAGAGGCAAUAGAAUUAUCAACAUUCUUGGAAAAAGUUGCUCAAGGUAGCAUAAGUUUGCCUUCGAGUAGUACUAGUGAUCAAUUACAAUUCUCUGACUGGGCAAAAUUCUGGGUACAAGUUAUGAAUGAGCUGAGAACAGGAGUUAAAUUGAAAAAAGUUAAUUUUACUAAAGCACCUAUAGAAUAUGAACUGACACCUUAUGAAGUGUUAAUGAAAGAUAUUAGAAAUUGUAGAUAUAAUUUAAGAAAAAUUAUGAUUAAUGGUGAUAUACCUUCUAGAGUUACGAAAGAUGCUCACAAUAUAAUUUUGGAGUUUAUUAGGUCUAGACCUCCAUUAAAAAAAGUGAGUGAUAGGAAGAUUGUAUCUCAACCACGUCCUCUAACCCCACGUGAACAACUCCUUUGCUCAAUAAGAAAGGGUAGAAAGUUAAGACCAGUGCCAACACCACGUACUUCCAAGUUAAAAAUAGAUACCUCUAAAGUACCAGAUAUUCUUCAAGCACCUCCAAAGCCAGCAGCAAGGAAGUUAAUCAAAGUCGAUUUUUCUCAAUUCGAAGAUGAAGAUGAUGAUGAUGUUGACACUCCUGAUUCAGCUACAGAACCUGGAUUGUGGUCAAAUGAGUACCCUGAACUUUGCGAGUCUGCUUUAUUAGAGGCUUAUGAUCUUGCCACUCAGACUUAUACAAGAAAUAACAUCAGACGUAAUACACUGGAAGUUAUAGACACAAAUGUUGGCUGCUAUUCUGUACCUCAAUCUCGGCCUGGCUCAAGACAAUCCUGCAAUAGCUCUGAAGCAGAAUCAGUUCAGCUAGAACCAGAGGUUGCCAAGCAAAUUCAAGAUGAACUGACUUGUUCGCAGAGUUGGCAAGACACCAUAUCAUUAGAUGAUAGACUUUCACUCACAUUAUCAGAAAUUGUACAUAUUCGGACGGUACUUACCAAAGCUGAAUUAGAUGCUUUGCCAGUUGAAGGAAAGGUGAGACAUGAUGUAGAAGCAAGAAAAGUAUGUUUCCUAUGCUUGAAAACCAGAUUCGGUAUAUUCGGACCAUGGGGUCAGAGAUGCACACUCUGCAAACGCACAGUAUGCACUAGAUGUUGUUCCAGAAUGAACAUUCCCAUGGAACAUUUCUCUAGUGUUCCCGUGGUAUUACUUAGUCCCAGCAUAAUGUGUACACCUGAAGAAGAAACCAAAGAAUCUAUUGCAAGAUCCAUAGUCAAUAAAAUUUCCGAUUCCAGUCACAGUUCCAAAGAUGUCAGCCCCAGUUGUAGUCGACCGGGUUCAAGUAUGGAUUCUAAGUCGCCAAGUGAAUCUGGUGCCUUGGGAAGGUUUCGUACAAGAGCUACAGCCGUAGGAAGGGUUUCGCGCGCUGCAGAUAGGUACAAAAGUUCUCAGUUAAUGGUCUGUCAAGAUUGCAAAAUGAUGGUAUUGCAAAUUAUUAAGUCAGCUAGAGUAAAUCGAUCAGCAAUUAGGAACAAGACCAUUCAAAGUCUGACUCUCAAUUUAUCACCCGUAUUCUAAAAUUCCCACGUAUUUAUAUAAUUAUUGGUAACAAUUAGAAAACGCCAAACACUUAGGUAAAAUCGUUUAAAUACAACAGUCAGAAAGGAACAAAAAAAUAGCUAGGGCUGGG